AUGAGCACCGACCGAUCAUCUUCCACCAAGAAAUCAUCUCCCUCCUCCUCCCCUUCCAAAAACUUUGUAACCACGCAGAAUACCAAUCCUCCCACUCAUCCCGCAUUCACCAUCUCUAACAUCACCAAUUUUAUCAAAAUUACCCUAAGUAUUGAAAAGGGUCAAUAUAACACCUGGUCUGAACUCUUCAAAAUCCAUGCUCGUGUUCACCAAGUCAUUGAUCAUAUCAUUCCAACCGAAACCACAUCAUCUCCUAAUCUCAAAGACACCGAUCCUACUCUUUGGGCACGUCUUGAUGUUGUUGUCCUUCAAUGGAUUUAUGGCACAAUUUCUGAUGAUCUUCUCCGCACCAUCAUUGAGCGCGAUUCAACCGCAGAAAAUGCGUGGAACAGGCUAUUCAACAUUUUUUAUGACAAUAAAAAUUCUAGGGCUCUCUACCUCGAGCAAGAAUUUUCUAAUGUUCAUAUGGAGCAAUUUCCUGAUGCCUCCACCUAUUGUCAACAUCUCAAAUCCCUAUCUGAUCAACUCUCUAAUAUCAGUGCUCCCGUGUCUAACGAAAGGCUUGUUCUUCAACUCAUUUCUGGCCUGACAGAUGCGUAUGCCACGGUGGGUUCACAAAUCCGUCAUGGAGACUCUCUUCCACCUUUUUACAAAGCUCGUUCUAUGAUAAUCUUGGAAGAAAUAGCUAAAGCAAAGAAAGCAGAAAAUUCUAGCAGCAACUCUGCUUUCGUAUCAUCUCUUGAUGAUAACGUGGCCUCAACCACUCUAACUCAACAGCGUAACAACCGCAACAACAAUGGUGCUGGUCGUGGUGGAGGUCGUGGCAGGGGUAGAAGCAAUGGUCGUGGUGGAGGUCGUUCCCAGCCACAACUACAUCAGUGGCCUCAGUAUCCCUAUCAGUAA